AUGAACUCAAAUGGAUAUUCAACACCAAUGCAAGAUCGAAGUAGUUUAUCAGUAUCAUCUACAAAUGAAAUAUAUCUUCAGCAAAAACAACAAGAACGAAAAGAAAAUUCAGCAACAAAAUUUCGUCAAAUAAUAACUCCAAAUGAUAAACGUGUACAAAGUUUUGAUCGUAGAAAAGUAUCCACAUCUGGUUUAGCAACUUUAACUCCACAAAGUCAAGUAAGACUAAAAGAAUAUGAAUUAUUUUAUAUGCAAAAUACAAACAAAUUUUUGCAGGAACUUAUUUUACAUACAUUUGAAGCAAUUAAAAAAUGA